CGGAGGCCAGUAAACAACAUUCAGACUUCUCCUGCCUGUCCAGCUCCGUUCAAACUCAGGUCAUGUUUUCUACGAUAGAUACGUAGGCAAAAACGUCGCUAUCCUCACAGUUCAACUGUGAUUGAGUUCAGUUGCGAUAACGUUACGAAUAGUUAGAAUUUGAAAACCCGGAAAAUACUAUAAAUUUAUAAACAGACGUCUGACUCGGAGCCUUUUUCGCCGUUUUUAAGUGCAAAGUUAGACCACCUCCACCUCCAAGCAUUCUUUAGGCAUUGGAAAAACGAAUUGCUUUCCAGCAGAAUGCAGAGUGGAGCUGACAGCACUGCUGAAGGGUUGUACACCCCUCCUGCUGUCCACACACCCUCAUUACAACAACUCUCCCAGUCAGCUGCCAAGUUCAACCUGGACAUGGAUGAAGCAGAACUAAAGCAAUAUCAAGAUGUCAUCAGGGAAUCGCUGGUGUCUUACCAGCGAGUGGCUGAGAUGACAGAACCCAUUCCAGCUGUGAAGUGGCCGAGAACACCAGGCAGGCGUCCUGAGCCUGAAGACAACCCACAUAAUGCAUGGUACUGGCGAACAGAGAUCACGGGUGCUCCUUCAGGAAAGCUACAAGGGAAGACCGUGGCCAUCAAAGAUAACGUGGCCGUUGCGGGGGUUCCUAUGACAAACGGCAGUCGCAUGAUGGAAGGAUAUAUCCCUGAGUAUGAUGCCACCAUUGUCACCAGGAUCCUAGAUGCAGGUGGGACCAUCAAGGGAAAGUCUGCGUGUGAGGACCUGUGUAUGUCAGGUGACAGUUUCACAUCUGUUACCGGCCCAGUGCUGAAUGCUCACAACAGGGAAAGGUCUGCUGGAGGCUCGAGCAGUGGAAGUGCCACUCUGCUUGCACUUGGGGAGGUGGACCUUGCCAUAGGCGGAGACCAGGGCGGUUCUAUCCGGAUCCCUGCGGCCUGGUCCGGAGUGGUGGGCCUGAAGCCGACCUACGGACUGGUGCCCUACACGGGCUGUGCCUCUAUAGAGAUGACCCUGGACCAUGUGGGACCCAUGGCCAGGACUGUACAUGAUGUCGCUCUCAUGUUGGAAGUUUUGGCUGGGUAUGACGAUGGUCUAGAUCCGCGCCAACCAGCAAACCUAACUGUGCCAGAAUACACAAAACAGCUGACAGGUGACCUGAGCGGCAUAAGAGUUGGUCUGCUGAAGGAAGGGUUUGGGAAUGAAUGGGCAGAACCUGAUGUAGAUGAACUGGUCCGUGCACAGGCACACAGGCUGACUUCAGCUGGUGCUGUAGUGGAGGACAUGUCUGUUCCCUUACAUUACCCAGAUGCCUCCCAUAUUUAUAGCACAAUAAAUGAAGGCUGUUUGGAGACUAUGAUAAAAGGGAAUCCAGGGCGGUACGCCGCCCCGGCUGUCCGUACGCCGUCCCUACAGCAGCUAUCCCGGGCAGCGGACAAGUUCAACCUCGAGCUAGACCAAGCGGAACUACAGGAAUUUCAAAAUGUAAUGAAGGGUACCUUGGCGUCCUACCAGCGGGUUGACCAGCUAGUGGAGCCGGUACCGCCCGUCAAGUGGCCGCGGACGCCGGGCUGGCGGCCUGGCCCUGAGGAGAACCCGCACAACGCAUGGUACUGGCGAACAGAGAUCACGGGUGCUCCUUCAGGCAAGCUACAAGGGAAGACCGUGGCCAUCAAAGAUAACGUAGCCGUGGCGGGGGUACCUAUGAUGGACGGCAGUAGGGUACUGGAGGGAUAUGUGCCAGAGUUUGAUGCCACCAUUGUCACCAGGAUUCUUGAUGCUGGUGGAGUCAUCAAGGGGAAGUCUGUGUGUGAGGAUCUGUGCAUGUCUGGUAACAGUUUCACCUCAGCCACUGGACCGGUGCUGAACGCGCACGACAACACCCGGUCAUCGGCAGGCUCCAGCGCCGGCAGCGGCACUUUGCUGGCAUUGAAAGAAGUAGACCUGGCGAUCGGAGGAGACCAGGGCGGGUCCAUCCGGCUGCCUUCCGCCUGGUCCGGGGUGGUGGGACUGAAGCCGACCCACGGGCUGGUCCCCUACACCGGGUGCCUUCCCAUGGACACUACUAUCGACCAUAUCGGACCGAUGGCCAGGACUGUGGCAGACACCGCACUUAUGUUAGAGUUAACCGGAGACCUUAGCGGCACGAGGGUGGGCCUGCUGAAGGAAGGGUUCGGCCAGGAGCUGUCAGAAGCUGACGUGGACGACAUGGUGCGUCACGCGGCUCACGGGCUGACGUCCGCCGGUGCUACAGUGGAGGAAGUGUCCGUCCCAAUCCACUAUCCCGAUGGUACUCACAUUUGGAAUGCAUUGUCAGUCCAGGGAGUCAUGCAGAUCAUGAUGAAAGCAGACGGAGUUGGUGUUGGAUGGAAAGGUUUCUACCCGACGAGCAUGAUGGGUUCUCUCGCGAGAGGAUACAAAUCUCGCGGGAACGACAUGUCAGCGACACUGAAGCUCCUGGCCUUGCUUGGCGAAUACCUCAACGAGAACUAUGGAAACAGGUACUAUGCCAAGGCCCAGAACUUGUCUCGAACGCUGACCAAUGCGUACAACGAGGCCCUGGAUAAGUAUGACGUCCUCAUCAUGCCUACUAUUCCGUACAAACCUCUGAAGCUUCCCGAUGAGGAUGUGUCCAUCAGCGAGAUGUGUGGCAUGGCACUGACUCAGAUCUACAACACCUGUCCCUUCAACGUCACCGGACAUCCGGGGCUCAGCAUCAAUGCCGGAUUCCUACAGGGACUUCCGGUCGGCAUGAUGAUCAUUGGCCGCCAUUUUGAGGACGCCACUGUGCUGAAGGUGGCUCACGCAUUCGAGAACAUUCGAGAUUCGAAUUUGUAAAUUUGGUCCAUAUACAUGAUGUUGUCGCCCACUUCUCGUGUAAAGAGCAAAUGUGCAUUAUAUGUAAUGUUCUUGAAGGAAUGGUUAGUAUCUAUCAAUGUAGGCUUUCUUGAAUAAUAAUGAAAGUAAUGAACGGUUACGGAAGCCAACGCAAGAUGUACGGAAACUACAAGCAUCUGUCGUAGUAGGUCUGUUGGUAUUUUAAUGUUGUGUAUGCAAAAUUUUUCUGACAUUAUACGGUUUAUAAUGGACCUUUUCAUAUAUGUUAGCUACACAUUUAGCAACUGGAUAAUCAUCAAUAAACAGUGUCAGAGAGAAU